UUCUCCGACAGAAUCUAUUAUGAGUCAUCUCCCUCGAGUCCCAAUCGAUCUAUGAGCGAAGACACACCACCCAUGGGCGUUGAUGAUCCUACCAGCAUAGCGGGGAGUAUGGCAACAGUUGAUUCAUGGGGGCCUAAAAGAAAGCAGGUCUAUCUAUGGUCAUACUGUGGGUGUGGAGCCAACGGCAAGCCGAUUCGCUCCGAAUGCUGUCAGAACUGUGACCACGCACGCUGCGGGUACUGCCCUGUCUCCAAAGUUCAAAUCUGAUAGCAUCUAGCAUGUCAGUGUAACGGACAGGUCAAAGAGAUUGCGGGAAAAAGGCUCGAGGGGGACAAACGUACGGCGAACUGCCUCUACAUGGAUCGCCA